GAAGCCAGUCACACACCUUUUACCUCAAAAAACAAAAAUCAUUCCCUUAGAGAAAACAAAAGCACAGAAUCGAAAGAAGAGUUAUUUUUUGAGAGAGAUUGGGAUGGCUUCGACGAAGAAGAUCACACUGAAGAGUUCGGACGGCGAGGCCUUCGAGGUGGAGGAGGCGGUGGCGGUGGAGUCCCAGACGAUCAAGCACAUGAUCGAGGACAACUGCGCCGACAGCGGAAUUCCUCUCCCCAAUGUUACCAGCAAGAUUCUGGCCAAGGUUAUCGAGUAUUGCAAGAAGCACGUUGAGGCCAAUUGCGCUGAUGAGAAGCCCAGUGAGGAUGAACUCAAGGCUUGGGACGCUGAUUUCGUCAAGGUUGAUCAGGCCACACUCUUUGAUCUCAUUCUGGCUGCAAAUUACUUGAAUAUCAAGAGCCUUUUGGACCUUACUUGCCAGACAGUAGCAGACAUGAUCAAGGGAAAGACUCCUGAGGAAAUUCGCAAGACAUUCAACAUCAAGAAUGACUUCACCCCUGAGGAAGAGGAGGAAGUUCGUAGGGAAAACCAAUGGGCCUUUGAAUGAGUUUAUAAUUCUGCUACUUUUUAAAUUUCAAUGAAAAGAUAUGCCCUAUAGUUGCUAGUUUAUUUGUGUUUUAUGUUUCGCGUUUCUGACUUGUCUUUUUUUUUUUUUAACUUGUGGGGGCAAUCUUGAAAUUGUAAGUAAUAGUUGAAUAUGGUGGGAGGAAUGCUCUUGAGUCUGGUAUCUCAGCUUUACUGUUAAUUCAUUGUCCAACUCUUCUGUUGCUCUCGUAUUAAUUAAAUGUUAGUGUUUGUUCUUUCGUUA